AUGGAAUGGGCUCAGAGGUCUGGGUGUGUUGAAGUUUUAGAUGUUCAUCCAUCAUUGCUGUAUAAACACUUUUGGUUUUGUGAUUGUCAUUUUGACAAUGACCAGUAUGUGGAUCCUAAUAAGAGGAAGCGAACGAAGUGGAAGGCUGUCCCGAUGUUUGUUAAAGAUUGUGCAUUGACAUAUGACCAGUUAAUUGGGUACUGUUUAAAGUUCAAUAUUGGAAAUGAGGUACUUGAUAAAUUAAAAGGAGUCAAUGAAGAUACGGACACUGCUUCUGAAGAGGAAACUGUAUCUAUUGAAUGCAAUAGAAGCACCAUGAACUUGGAUGAUGUAGUGCCCAAUAAGAGAGCAAGGUUUGACAUUAUAACUGCUCCAUCAAAUGUUGUUGUUCAUGAUCAUGGGUACUAUGGUACAAUGGUUCAUGAUCAUACGAGUGUUGAUUCUGAUACUGACACUGCAUCAUCAGAGGAAGACAUUAUGUUGGUAUGCGGUAAUGGUUCAGAAACUGAAAAUGAUCACAUACCAUUUUCAGUAUUUCCUGAUGAAGUUGUUGUUAGCAGUGUGCAUUCUCAUGAAGAUCCAUGUUUGAAUACUUCACAGAGGAUAAAGAAGAGGUGUUUUGUCUUAAAUUGUGAUCAUAAUAAUACUGAUUCACAUAUGUAUUCUUUUCCUAAAGUGUGGAGAAUUUUAAAUGGUCAAAGAAUGUUGGAUGAAUUUAAUCGGUGCAUAUCGUGGAUGAAGGCUUGUGGUAAUAAGAAUUUGAAAAAUGUUGAAGACAUGUAUAAGUUUUGGGUAUGUGAAAACCAUUUUGAACAUGGUGAUUUUCAGAGCUGUAUGAGGAAGAAGCUGAGGCCCAGUGCAGUUCCUGUUUUAAAUCUUCCACCCAAAUUAACAGAUUCUGACAUUGUUUUAUUUUUGUCUGAACAUGCUGUAGAACAUGGCACACAACAUAAUGAUGACCAAAACAACACUGAUAUUUUAAGUAGACUGCAUCCUCCAAAAGCUAGAGAGGCUGCAAUGAAAUUUGAGAAAGAAAUGAAAGACCUGGACUGGCAUACAUGUGACAUCUGUUUUGAGAAAUUUUUGCACAGACCGACUUUGAAUAGAAAUAAAACUCAUAGAUCAAGAAAAUCGUGUUGGAAAUUUUGUCAAGGUAAUUUGAUGCAUCCAGGUGAAGUUCCUCCUGAGCUUCAAGAUUUGUCUUUUGUGGAAGAGCAAUUGAUUGCCCGUAUUCAUCCAGUCUUAAGUGUGUAUAAGUUGAAGGGUUGUCAGUACGGAUAUUCAGGUAAUGUCAUCAAUUUUGCUCAAGAUGUUAGUCAUUUUGCAAGUCAGCUGCCACACCGUAUUGAGGACAUUUCAUCAAUAAUAACUGUGAAAUUUGAAACUUCUCAUGGUGAUGUUAUUGAUUUUCGAGUAAGAGCUAAGAAAGUUUUGAAUGCUUUAAAGUGGUUGAAAGCUAAUAACAAGCACUAUGAGCAUAUAGAAAUUUCAUCUGAAAAUCUUAAUCUUUUACCUGAAGAUGGCAAUGUACUUGAACAAAUUUCUACUAUGGACAUUGAUAGGAGUAAUGAUGUUGAUGAAGACAAUGGUGACAUUGAACAAGAUUUGAAUGAAGAAUGUAGAAAUGUUAGUAACAUUCAAAAUUUUGAAACUUCAGGAGUUUUAUCUAAUACAAUUGAGAAUCAGGAUAAUCAAGUUGAAUCAUCAUUCAAUUGGCCUGUCUUAAGCAGUGAACCAGUGAAUGAAUUUAAUUCAUCGUUUGUGAUGUGUGCUUUUCCUACACUAUUUCCAUAUGGCAACUGUGAUUUACAUGAAGAAGGUCGUAGCUUGAAAGUAAAGCUUCAUGAAUACAUGAAACAUUUCAUGAAUUUUCAUGAUCAAAGAUUUGCUCAACAUAAAACUUUUAGGUUCUUUGCCUUCAAUAUGUGGAUGCGUCACAGUGCUAUUGCUGAUGGUAAUGUGUAUGUGAAGAAAAACAAUGAUAUAGCACAAAUGAAUGUUAGUGAUAUGAAUCAGUUUAUUCAAGAAAAUCCAUCUGAAUUACAUAAACUUAUGUUUAUUGGUUCUAAUUUAAGAGGUUCCAAACCCUUUUGGAAGAGCCGCUGUGGGGAGUUGAAAUCUAUGGUGGAGCAGCUUGGUCUGCCUACAAUAUUUUUGACUUUAAGUGCUGCUGAUUUAUAUUGGCCAGAUUUGUUUAGGUUGUUGUCUGACAAAAAUUUAGAAUCCAUUUCUAUGUUUGAAAGGCGCAAAUUACUACAAAAUAAUCCUUUGGUGGUUGACACAUUUUUUAAAUACCGCAUAGAAUGUUAUAUUGAAAAUGUGUUAAAACCUGUGUAUGAUGUUGAAGACAUGUGGUAUAGGAUUGAGUAUCAACACAGAGGUUCACCGCAUUUACAUGGAUUAUUUUGGUUAAAAGGAGCCCCAGAUGUUUCAAAAUAUCAAAGUAUGAAUCUUUCAGAGAAAGAAGAAGUACUGAAGUACUAUGAAAAUCUAGCAACUGCUGUUAUACCUGACAACAAUUGUGUAUAUCCUGAGCAGCACCCAGCUGAAAUUUUUUUCAAAGAUAUUAUUGAUGAUAAUAUUGAUCUUUCCCAAGUUCUAAAAAAGAUGCAGUUCCAUACAAAAUGUCGAAAGGGUUAUUGCUUAAGGCAAAAUAGAAGAACUAAAAAAUUGGAGUGUCGUUUUAAAUUUCCAAUGGAUAUAAAUGAUCAUGCUGAGAUUCGUAUAGUAGAAGAUUCUGCUGAAAUUGAAUUCAUACCUCAGAGGAAUCACCCACAUUUGAAUAAAUUUAAUCCAUUUAUAAUCCAGUCCUGGCGUGCCAACAUUGACAUGGCACCUGUUUUAUCUAAGAGAGCUAUUCUUGAUUACAUAGCAAAGUACAUAUCCAAAAGUGAAGUACAUUCAGUAGCACUAGCAGAUAUUUGUAAAUCAGUUUUUAAUUCAGUACCAGGUCAUGACAAUGCAAAAAGAGCUAUUUUCAAAAUUUUAAUUAAGAACUGUGUUGAACGUGAUGUUUCUGCCCAAGAAGUUUGCCACAUUCUUAUGGGUCACAAGCUACAUUCAGCUGGUGGCCGUGAUUUUGUUGUGGUUAAUACAACUGAGUCGGAUUGGAUUCCCUUGGAACACAAUGAAAAUGUGAAAGUUGGAAGAAGCAUCUUACAGAAGUAUUGUGAACGUCCUGAUCAUCUUCAACAUUUAACAUUGUGGAAUGCAGCAAAAUUCUACAAUUGUACUGCUUGGAAGAAACUGAAAAAAAAAAGUAAUGUUGUUAGAGUAUUUCCUAGAUUAAAUUUAUGUGAUGAUGAGCAGAAAAAUGAAGGUUUUUAUCGACAGAAGGUGUUACUAUAUUCAGAGUGGAGAAGUGAAGGAGAUUUUAACCUUGUAAAUUCCUCAUGGAAAAUAUUGUAUGAGUCUAUUAAUAUUAACAGGAAUGUAGUUGAUUUAGGUGUUGUAUCAGCACCUGAUGAAGAUUUUGUUGAAGAAGAUGCUGAAAAUACAGCUUGUAGCAAUGAAGACUGGAUGAUUGCAUCAAGAUUGACUAAUAACCAAAGCACAAUUGAAAAUGUUGAGUUGGGAAGGAGGGAAACUGAUAUUAAUUAUGAUUGGACCUUGGCUACUAAAAAAUAUGAACAGUAUGGUGAUUUGAAGUAUUUUGAAACAUUUAUUGAAGAUCAAAAGAAACAGGAUAAUAAUUUACAUAUUGUAGAAGAAGAGUUACCUACUGUAGUUUUCAGUGAAGAACAAGAAAAAGUAAAAAGAAUAAUGGAUGAUCAAAUACAUGAUAUUCUUCAUCCUGGUGAAAAUAAUUCAACACCUAAACGUAUAAUUGUACAGGGGAAAGCUGGUUCUGGGAAGAGUUUGUUGAUUCGAUAUUUAACAUCAAAUUUAAGGAAACAAUUUGGUGCUAAUAGCUUCCUUUUACUAGGCCCAACAGGUGUUUCAGCAGUUAAUAUAGGUGGAUCUACUGUGCAUUCUACAUUUAUUAUACCACCCAAUCGCAGCAAUUUUAAAAAUCUGUCAGGAGAAAAAGCCAGAUUAUUUUGUGAUAUGUUCAAAAACAUUAAAUUUAUCAUCAUAGAUGAAUAUUCUAUGUUAGGUUCUGCGAUGAUGGGUAUGAUUGACAAACGAUGCCGAGAAGGAUCUGGUAUAGUAAAUGAGCCAUUUGGAUCAAUCAAUAUUUAUUUAUUUGGUGAUAUUCGUCAAUUGCCACCUGUAAAGGAUUCGGCCCUGUAUUCCACCAUCAAGCAUAGUGAUGUCAAUUUUGAAUUGAAGCAGCAUGGGAAAAAUGCAUUUGAUUCUUUUCAAGUUCAUUUAGUUUUAAAAAAAUGUUUUCGCCAAAAUGAUGAAACUUUUAAAAAUUUAUUAGACCGUGUUAGCAAUGCUUCAGUUACAAAAGAGGAUUUUUCAAUGCUUCGUAGAAGAUUUUCAACCAAUUUGUCAUUGCAAGAGAAAAAUCAAUUUAGUGAUGCCAUUCGUUUAUUUUCCAAAACUGAGUUAGUUGACGAACAUAAUUUGAAAAAACUUCAAGAGUUGAAAGAUUGUGAUGGUAAUCUUGUUCCAAUUGCUCGCAUCCCUGCAAACAAUAAUGGAAAAGCAUCUAAAAUUCAAGAGGCAGAAGGCUUACAAAAUAUUUUAUAUUUAGGAAAAGGUACAAGAGUUAUGUUAAAAACAAAUUUAUGGACAGAGAAAGGUUUAGUUAAUGGAGCUGUAGGCAUUGUUGAGGACAUUCUAUACAAAGAUGGUUCUCAACCACCAAUGAACAUGCCUUCUAUUAUUAUGAUUAAAUUUGACAAGUAUGAGGGACCUGGAAUUGGACCAAAUAAUGUUGUGCCCAUUAGAGCAGUAACAAGAUCAUGGUCAAGUAGUUCUGGUGUUUGUUCAAGACAACAAUUUCCUCUGGUUGCAGCUUACGCAUGUUCCAUUCAUAAAUCUCAGGGAUUAACAUUAGAUAAGGCUGUUGUUGACAUUGGAAGAAGAGAAUUUGCUUUGGGUCUCACAUAUGUUGGUUUGUCUCGUGUGAAAAGCAUAAAAGGACUAAUUUUAGUGCCUUUCACAUAUGAAAGAAUUUCAACAGCAAUUAGUAACAGGCCAGAGUUGGUUCAAAGGAACUUACUUGAAAGAUUGUUCACUGAAGACAACUGA